CAGGUCAGUGCGUGACAAUAUAAUGUUCUGAGUUGUAACGGUAGCAUCUCGCAACUGCAAACAUGAGUGUUAACUUUGUAGAUUAUUUCGCCAACGAGCAUAAUGGAUAUGAUAUAUUAUAUCAAAACAUGAAAUACGGACUUAUAGCAAGUAAAGAGCUCUCCGAAUAUCUAAGGGAAAGGUCCAAUAUUGAGGAGACUAAUUCAAAAUCAUUAGCUAAACUAGCAAAACAAGCGAACGGUAACUGCGCACAGGGUACAUUCGCGCCCUUCUGGAGCGUUCUCAAAUGCUCAGCUGAGAAACUAUCUAAUUUACAUCAGCACAUGUUCCAGAAGGUGGGUGAAUUGGUCAAAGAUGUGGCGAGAUAUGCUGAUGAAUUACAUAAAAAACAUAAGGCUGUCAAAGACUCUGAAUCUAGUACUUUAGAAGUAGUAUUACUGAUACAAAAUACUAAACAGGCACUUCAGAAAGCAAAAGAUGUCUAUACUACAAAAUCUGCUGAAUUUGAAAAACUCCGAAAGGAUAAUGCAUCUGCUAAAGACCUCGAAAAGGCUGAGGUUAAAUUGAAGAAAUUACAUGAAGACUAUUGGCAGCUUGCUGAAAAGUAUAAUCUUGUAAAACAAGAUUUUGAAAAGAAAAUGUCUCAAACAUGUAAGCACUUUCAAGAUGUGGAGGAGGCACACUUAAAACAAAUGAAACAGUUUGUUAAUGUUUAUGCUGAUAUAAUUCAAAACAAUCACGAUAUGAUGGGACAGGUGCAUCGGGACUUUAAGCACCAGUGUCUAGAGUUGACUGUUGAAAAACUAUUAGAACAGUUCUUGAUAGAAAAAUAUACUUCCAUAGAAAAAGCAGUUCUCGUUGAGCUGCCCCCAACUUUACCAAAACCCGGUUCAGCUAACAACUCUAUAUCAGAAGCCGAUCAGAUAUCUACAGUCUCUAAUGGCUCUCACAAACCUACGCAGCCAGGAAAAGCUCCCAAAAAAGAGCCAUCUUUUGCUACUAAAACAUCAAGGAGGACUACUUCACUCCUUAAUUUAUUCACUCCCAAUUUCCAAAGCAAAGAUGAACCCACUGUCAACAUUGAAGGUGCUGCACCAUGCUCUGCCCCUUCCAGCCCAAGUGGAACUCCAGCUAUUCCGGUAGCUCCAGAUAAAGAGGACAACAUGGGUCGAACCACCUUGCGGGAGUCCAAAUGGUUCUUACGUAGCAAAAGAACUAAGCCAAAACAAAAAAAAUCUAAAAAGAAAAAGGAUGAUAACUCUAUGAACUCAACAGCUGACAAGUCUGAUUUUGAGGAAAAACAAGAGGAAACGCCAAUUAAGGAGGAUCUGAUAAAUUCACCUGAAGUAGAUGAGGAGGGUUUUUGUAUAAGACCAAAAGAAGAGAAAGGCAGUGUAUACUCUUCUAGUGAUUCUGACUCUGAAGAGGAAAGGGAGCAGAAAAUUCAUGUUGAGAUUAAACCUAUAACCAAUGGUAGUGCUCCAAUGUCUGCUAGUGUAGAUGAGCUCAGAGCUACCGUAGAAAAUAUCUCCUUGUACAAAAUUGGCACAACACGUCGGGGUUCUAAUGUGAAUACAAGCAAAGCAAGCAAUGACCUAGUUGGCCUGGACUUCUUCCCGAGCCCAACUGUCAGUAAUCCCACAUCACCUCAAGCUAAUGUGUCUAAUCCUUAUGCACCUUUACAAGGAAAUCAGUCACAUGUGUUUGAGAGUCCCACACCCAUUUCUAAUACUGAAGUUGGUGAUUUAUUCUCAGAAGUAGGUGAAAUGAGUCAAUCCAAUAUUCGGACAUCCACCCCAACAAUAUCUACUAUUUCUCUCCCACGUCCACCAUCAAGAAGGUCUGAUGGAGAAUUUCGAACUGCAGGUUCUACAGGCUCCCGUGGUCCUUCCCCACUUACAAUCGGCAUGGCAGAUACUAUACCUUUGGCAGUAGCGUUCCAUGAAAUAAUUCAUUCAUAUUUCCGUGGUACAGAAGAAUCAAAAUGUCAAGUAAAGAUGUCUGGAGACAUGAUGCUUUCUUUCCCCACUGGAAUUGUUGGUGUGCUUGCUAACAAUCCAAACCCUGCAAAACUUUGUUUUAGACUAAAAAACAUACAUAGAUUAGAAACAGUACUUCCAAAUAAACAGUUGGUUACCAUCAAUCAAUCAACAUCUACACGUGAUACCACUGUUGUAGAUUUCAAUAUGCCUGCUUUAACCUCAUUAUUGAAGCGACAGUCAGAAAAAAAUCCCACCGCACAGUACUUCAAUGUAGAUAUAUUAAAAUAUCAGAUAAGACCAAAAACUGGAGCAUCCUCAUGCCCAUUUCAGCUGGUUUCUUAUUGGAAAUGUGAGAAGGACCACACAGAUCUGAAAGUAGAUUAUAAGUACAAUAUGCAUGCAAUGAGUCCUCCAUCACCACUUUUGAAUGUGUCUGUGUGUGUUCCUGUGAAUGGCUCUGUUAAAAAUGUAAUUGCAAUGCCUAAAAACAUUUGGAAUGAAGAAACUGAACAAGCGUUAUGGCGUUUUACCGAGUUGUCGCAACAUUCAGAGGAUCGUGGCGUAGGAUCGCUGCGGGCGCGCUUCGAGCUGAACAAGGGACCCUCUAGCAAGGCCACUCUCUCAUCUCAGUUUAAUUGCGAAGGCGCCACCCUCUCUGGGAUAGAGUUUGAACUGAUUGGUGGUGGGUACCGCUUGUCUCUCGUGAAACGUCGCUUCGUGUCUGGGAAAUAUAUUUGUGAUAGCGAAAUGAACUAAUUGGUCCAAUUUCGACAUGAGCGUGUGCUUUUGUAUAUGUAAUUCUCGUUGUCAUAUAUCCACGUGUGUAUGAGUUAUGUAGAUCUUUAAUUUAAAGAACUUUGGUUUUUGGUACCUUAUAGGACUUGUUUCCUGUCCAAAAUGAGUUACAUACGUAUCAUAAAAUGAAAUAUGUCAAUUUUUCGAUGUAAAAUAAUUAAUUUGUAAAGUCAAUGUUGUAUUACUUGUAUCUGUGUGAGAAUGACAUGUUACAUUGGAGCAGGUACUACCAAAUUAUCAAAUAGCGAUUGUGCCAUUGUAUAAAAUAUACCUAUUAAAAGUAAAGUUUACACUAUGUAUUAAUUUAUUGUUUCUUGCACAUGAAAUGUCCAUGUCCAUCCAUGAAAAAUUUUAAAUCUGAAAUUUUAUCAUUCAAUUCAAAUUUACAUCAAUUAAAUUAGCAGAUUCACAAAUGCAGAACAGUUUGCUUCCAGAUUUUGCUUAAAAAUAGCUAGAAUGUAGAUAGUCAUUCUAGCAAUUGUUAAACAGUGAUAAUUUUAAAACAAACCCCAAAAGGUGACAGCUUUAAAGCAUUAACUUAAGCCAAUAUUAACAAUAU